AUGCAAAGAAAUGCAUUUCCAAAUAAUUUCCAAGGCUCAAGAAUAAAAGAACAUAGAUUUGUAUUUGAUAAAUUAUUUGAUGUUCAUAUAUCUCAAAAUAAUGUUUAUCAUCAUACACAUCCAUUGCUUGAUAGUAUAUUAGACGUGUUUAAUCCACUGGAUAACUUACAAUUAGGAAUUGAUAGACAAAUUCCUGAAUUAGAACAACAAUAUUCUAAACAUAAUGAUAUUGAUUCAUUUAUGCAACAAAAAUUGAAAUAUUGA